AUGUCGAUCUGGGAUACCUUAAGCGGUCGCAAAUCAUCUACGAGCCAACAACAACAGCAACAAACCUUUGAUCCCACGACGGCUCAAGAUGUAUCAUCUUUCCUCGGAGGAAAUGCACUCCCCGAUCCCUCAGAACUCCACCCUCUCGCGGGUCUGAAUAAGGAGACCCUGGACUACCUCACUCUCGAGGACUCCGCACUUGACACUCUCCCGGGAUCGCGAUCAGUUUUGCCAUCGAGGGGCUGGUCGGACGACCUCUGCUAUGGAACUGGCACGACGUACCUCACGGCGUUGACAAUUGGAGGAGCAUGGGGACUGGCUGAGGGCCUCAAGAAGACGCCGCCCACAGCACCGCCGAAACUGCGUCUGAACAGCGUUCUGAACUCCAUCACCAGGAGAGGUCCGUUCUUGGGCAACUCCGCAGGCGUGGUAGCCAUGAUUUAUAACUGCAUCAAUUCGUCGAUCGGCUACGCGCGUGGAAAGCAUGAUGCGGCGAACAGUAUUGUGGCGGGCGCUCUGAGUGGAAUGCUCUUUAAGAGCACUAGAGGGGUCAAGCCUAUGAUGAUUUCGGGCGGUAUCGUGGCUAGUAUUGCCGGGCUUUGGGCUGUGACGAGAAAGGUUCUGUUCUCAUAA